AUGUUCAAUGAUAUAUCUUAUUGUUACAGUGAGAUUUUGCGAGUUGUAGACUCUAUGCAGCUUACAGACAGGGCUAAAGUCGCUACUCCAGUCAAUUGGAAGAUGGGUGACGAUUGUAUGGUGUUGCCUACUGUCCCGGAAGAUCAAGUGUCUAAAGUGUUUCCACAAGGCGUAACAAUGGUUCCCUUGCCUUCUGGCAAAAAGUAUCUGAGAAAGACAGCUUGUCCUAAACUGGAA